CGAGAGAAGCAAAGAGUGAAUGAGCAAGUGAAAAGGAUUCAAUUGUGGAUCGUAGAAAGACAGAACACAAUGGCGGGAGGGAGUAAGGAGGCUCAAAAAUACAGAUUAGCACAAAGGGAAGCUGAGAAGAAGGAAGCCGGAUUAUACUUUAAUAUAAUGUACCACAGAGUCGGGGCAUACAACUGUACAAAGAUGAGAAGAUAUUAUUCAUACUGUGUGUCGACUCGUGUGCCGGAGAUCAUGGCAGCGGGCACCCACUCCCCCGGAGGGCCCAAUGGCAUAAUCCGAAGUCAGUCAUUCGCUGGCUUCAGCACAAUACAGGAGAGACGCUCAAGGUGUAACUCUUUCAUGGGGAAUUCAGCAGUACAGAAGAAGCCUCAGUCCAAGCCCAAGAAGCCUCAAUUGUCCGGCCAUAAGGGAGGGAGCAGCUCUCGAGAUCCACAGCCUAAAAGGCUGGAGGAGAUCUACACCUCCCUCAAACAAGGCCUGGACGAGUAUCUGGAAGUUCAUCAGACAGAGCUGGACAAACUCACGUCCCUUAUGAAGAAUAUGAAGAGGAACUCUCGCUUGGGAGUGCUGUAUGAUCUUGACAAGCAAAUCAAAACCAUAGAGAGGUAUAUGAGGCGUCUGGAAUUUCACAUGAGCAAGGUGGAUGAGUUGUAUGAAGCCUUCUGCAUCCAGAACCGUCUGAGGGAAGGUGCUAUUCGGAUGAAGCAGGCCUUCUCCUCGUCUCCUUCCACUAAAGGCACCAAAGAGAGCAUCGCAGAGGUCAACCGCCGCUACAAGGAGUACACGGAGAACAUGAGCGCAUUUGAGAGUGAACUGGAGAAUCUGCUUGGAGAAUUCCACAUAAAAAUGAAAGGUUUGGCAGGCUUUGCUCGGCUCUGUCCUGGAGACCAGUAUGAGAUCUUCAUGCGUUACGGUCGCCAGCGGUGGAAGUUGAAGGGGAGGAUUGAAGUCAACUCCAGGCAGAGUUGGGAUGGAGAUGAGAUGGUCUUCAUGCCACUCAUCUCUGAUCUGAUUAACAUAAAGGUGACGGAGCUGAAGGGCCUGGCCUCUCACAUGCUUGUGGGCAGUGUGAUCUGCGAGACGAAGGAGCUCUUUACCGCCAUGCCUCAGGUGGUGGCUGUGGACGUCAACGAUCUGGGAACCAUCAAGCUUAAUCUGGAGGUCAUCUGGUACCCCUUCGACGUGGAGGACCUAACUCUGUCAUCUGGAAACAUCAGCAAAGCCACCGCCCUCCAAAGACGGGUGUCUGUCUACAGCCAGGGAACACCAGAGACCCCCACCUUCCAGGACACGUCCUUCUUUUCCACCUUACCUGACGAUGUCUUUGAAAAUGGCGGCUGCGGCGUCAUCGAGUGCAAGCGUCUCUCCUCUACCUUCUCUGACACCUCGGGUUCAACGCCAAGCCCUGCCCCGAGCUCCCGCUCCCCGGGCCAAUCCAACCCCGAGAUCACAGUCACGCCGCCGGAAAUGGACCCAUCAUCUAUGAAGAUCUUUCCAGCAAGAGAGAAUUCCAUUGCAGAGGAAAAUCUAAUGGAGGAAGAGGAGGAGGGUGAAGAUGACGACGAAGAGGAAGGGGAGACUGGUAGCAGAGGAAGUCGGCACAGCGGCACCAGUGGCAGUCUUGCCAGCGAUGAAGCUGAAGCGGCAGAAGACUCCGAGUGGGAGCGCACAGAGUCCCAGCGUCAUUCUGGCUCCAACUGUUGCUCAACAGCCAGGUCCUUGUGCUCCAAUAACCAUCUGUCCACAGUAGCGCCGGAGGAUGUUUUUCUGGACCAUGUUGAUGAGCUGAAACCUUUAGAACUGGACACGGAGGAGGCAGGGAGCCUGACUCGGCAGCUUGUGAAGAGGCUGACUUCUUCAGAAAUCUUGCCGCCGAGCGGAAGCUCCACAGAGAGCGGAGGAAGCUUGAGCUGGGCAGGGGAGGGCAGCCGGGCCUUUCUGGAGAGCAGCUUGGAGGAGGCUAUCCACAGCCUUCUGAUGAGGCUGGAGUCCCUGACGCACCGCUGCCGCGAGAUACAGGACCUAGAACAGGAAGUGAUGCGCCUAGAGGACCUCCUCAAGUGCCGUCUCCCAGGCCACAGGAGCCGCUCGUCCAGCCUCAGUUUGACGGUGGAGAGUGCCCUGGAGAGUUUUGACUUCCUCAACACCUCCGACUUUGAUGAUGAAGACACUGGAGACGAUAAUGCCGUCCUCGCCAUUCCCCCACAAAGGUCACCGCUUUUUGAUACAGACGGAGAACAGAUUGGAAACCAACAUUCAGAAGCCAGGGGCCACCUGAGUGAAGCCCUGACAGAGGACACUGGAGUGGGAAACAGUAUGGCGGGAAGCCCCCUGCCGCUUACCACGGGAAACGAGAACCUGGACGUGGCCAUCGUCAUCCACCUGCAGUACUGCAGUCACCUCAUCCAGGUGUUGACUACUGGAAUGUGGGCGUGGCAACGUCGCAGCCUGCUCGUCAAACUGUCGGGGCAGACGCAGCUGUUGGAAGAGCUAGCAGAGAUCAGCAUCGACAGAUUGGGAACAGUUACAUCUGCCGCUGAUGUUCUGCCCGGGCUCGCCGAGCGGCCGGAGCUGAUGACCCUGUGGUCGGAGUGCAGCGGGUCAGCGGGGCUUUUUCACACCACACUGGACCGAGUCUUCAAACAUAUGACACACCGCUACAGGGCAGCGCUGCAGGAUGCGCACCCGCAAGCCACAAACGCAGUGAUCGGUGUGGUUGUGGGAGAGAUGGUGGAUCGGAGCGACCUGGCGUCAGCGGCGUCGUGUGACUCUGCCGCCUCUGCGUUAUCCCAGGACGUCUUGACCGUGUUCCAGUUCCACAGCUACAUUGUGCAGCAUGAAGUAGAGGACAUGGAGACACACCUGCUGAACCUGGCCAGAGAGGAGGUGUUUGCUGAGACCUUGUGCAGCCACAGUCCUGCUUGCUGUCUGGCAGAGCUGGAGGAUGUCCACGUGUCAUCGCUGUGGCCUCGAACCGCCACUCUGAGGGUGCUGGCUUCUCUGCUGACCGCAGAGGACCCUCAGAUCAACCGAGCAGCAGUAGACUACCUGACCUCUGCAGCCUCACACAGCCACUUCAGGACGAGGGCGGUGGAAUACUACACUCAGGCUCUGUCAGAGGCUGGAGUUCAGAGCCAGAGAGCUGCCUGCUCAGCUCUCAGCUGCCUGCAGGCAGUGGAGAGCAUCAGGGCAGUUGUAGCACUGUGUGAUUCAGCAGAUGAGGAACUACGCCAUGUUGCCAUAGAAACCCUAUUAACAUUUGGUGAGGAGGGUCGGCUGGCGUACCAGCAGCUGGACACAGUUCCAAAGGAAGUGAUCCGUCUGGGCACGCAGCGAGGUGGUACAGUCACCACUGCCUUCUGAGCCACGGCGCCACUGAAUACAUCACUUCAACAUCCUGGCUCGUGCACACCACGCAGGGCUAUCAAUGUCUGAUCAGCUCAUUGAUCUACUUAUUGCUAAUGGAUAUCACUCCAUGUGACGGACUUUCAGGUCACCACACGCUGCCUCAAGAACUAACACCAAGCAACACAACCACAAAGACCCUGCUACACUCACGGUUACCUCCAGUUUUGAGCACUCCAACAACCCCCCCCCUUGCUUUCUGAGCCAGGCAAAUCACUUGCAUUGAGCUCGACGGGUGUAUCCGAACGCCUCCGAAAGCCGUUCCAAAGAUUGUGAAAAGCGGAAAUCUAAACUCCUCAAGAAGCCGUCUGCCACUGCACAUGAUACACACAUCAUUCUGAUCAUCUGGUUGUCACAUAUUUGUAGUAGAAUCACCGUUGACCAUUUGGUAACUUUUGUUAAAGUGCAUCUUUUUUUCUUUUUUUUUUGCGCUUUCAGAGUAUUUGCACUGAUGUAAAUAUUGAGUGUUACACAGCCACUGCAUGUUUUUUUUUUUUAAACUUCUAUUUUCAGUUCAGGGAUUUUGAUGCUUUGUUGCACAGAGCCCCAUUAAUUUGGGGGAUUACCACUGAGGUGGACACGGCUAUUAAUGACAUCAGCUCUCAGUGCAGAAAAUGGGGAAAAUCUUAAGUGAAGCAA